UAACAGGUCCGAUCCGGUGGCGUUCCACUCGCUGCGUAUCGCUACCCCACACUGCGACUCAGCGUGUGCGUUCAAUUGGGUUCCGUUUGUCGUCGCAGUCGCGUUUUUUGUGCGUGUGAAAUGAAACUUUAAAAAACGUAGGAAAAUACGAUAAAUAAAUGAGUAAAAUAGCCAAAAGUAGCCGGAAAGGAAUAUAGCCAAUUUAUUGAGCUGUGGCUUCGUGAAGUGGUCAUUGGCGUUGGCAGCUAAAAUCAAAUGCAAAUGAGCGCGGCAAAUAAAUGCAAAUAAAAAGUUAAAUAUAUACACGUUGUCUGUAUGCAAUAUAAAUGAAAAACAAAUUGCAGUCACGCAGCUUGAAAACAGUUUCGCAAAAUAAUUACACCUCCGCUACAAAAUCCUAGCGCAUUCGCAAAAACAACCCACAAAAAUAGGUACAUAAAUAUAUAAGAAUCAUACAAGUAUAUAAUAAAUAAGAGUAUUGUAAGCGCAUUUAGUUGAAGUAGCAAAACAACAACAUAGCAUACAAAAUACAAGAAUAUAUUACCCACAUGCAAACGAGCAAUUGUUGGUAUAAACACACGACAACAAAAAAUUGUUUUCUUGUUUAUUUAUAAUUGUCUCGGUGUGUGUGAGUUCGCCUGAGCGUGUGCUUGUGCUUGUGCGCCCGCGCUAGAAACAGCUGUUUGUGUGCUCUGCACGAGCGCAGCAGCAGCAGCAGCAGCAACAAAAGCAACAACAACAAGAGCAGCGAAGCAGCACAACUACAGCAACAACAGACAGCAGCAGCAGACGUCUCUGACCUUAGCGAGACAACGGCAAUAAAAAUAUUAAAAUUCAAGCCGAAGCGCCGAUAUUUAGCAGCACUCACUAAAAGCGUGCAAUUGGUCAGCACUGGAGCAGCAGAAUAAGAUUGUGUUAUAUUGCAACUUCUGAGCAGAACAGGUGUGAAAAGUUUCGCGACCCCAUUGGUUGAGGCCCAUUGAAUUACAAUAGACGGGAGGGACUGCGAAUAGAAGAGGCAACGAAUCAAACAUGUAUUCCCGAGAUAUGUUGCUGCUGGCCUGUGUGGUCUUGCUGCUCGGCGGGAUGCCGCAGCUCAUCUCGACCACAACGACGACCACUUUUGUGGCCGCCAUGUCCAUAGCCAACCAGGAUCUGGAGCGCUACUUUCGACCAGCGAAUGCGACACACACGUUCACCACCAUAGGUGAGGAGCGCAUUGCCGUCGACGUCUACAACUAUGCGUUCCUCAACUGGUCCUACAUGGACACGGACAACGUGCUCUUCGAGAGCGACUACAAGGAGGAGAAGGCGCGCUACGGCGAGGGCCGGGUGUUGGGGGUUACGGGUCGCCUGGUGCACAUUAGCAAUGUGGAAGAUAUAAGCGACGAUUUCGCGUGUACGCCCUACAUUCGCGGCACGUUGGGCGCGCCCACACCUCCGAAGGGCGUGCCGUGGAUAGCGUUGGUUCGACGCGGACGUUGCACCUUCGAGGACAAGGUGAAGCAUGUCUUCCAGCAAAAUGCUGUCGGCGUCAUCAUCUACAACGACAAGCAGGUCAUGCAGCUGGAGAAGAUGCAAAUCAAGGGCAAGAACCGCAACAUAGCCGCUGUCAUAACGUAUCAAAAUAUUGGCAUGGACUUGGCCAACAUGGUCGAUAAGGGCCACAACGUGACCAUUUCCAUCAUCGAGGGACGCAAUGGUGUGCGGCCCGUCAGCAGUUUGAAUCGUACCUCUGUGCUAUUUGUCUCGAUAUCGUUCAUUGUCCUGAUGGUAAUAUCGCUGGUCUGGCUCGUCUUCUACUACAUCCAGCGCUUCCGAUACAUGCAGGCUAAGGAUCAGCAAUCGCGAAAUCUGUGCUCCGUGACCAAGAAGGCCAUCAUGAAGAUCCCCACCAAGACGGGCAAGAUGACCGACGAGAAGGACAUGGAUAGCGAUUGCUGUGCGAUAUGCAUUGAGGCCUACAAGCCGGCGGAUAUAAUACGCAUACUGCCUUGCAAACACGAGUUCCACAAGACCUGCAUCGACCCGUGGCUCAUCGAGCAUCGCACCUGCCCGAUGUGCAAGCUGGACGUGCUCAAGUUCUACGGCUAUGUGGUGGGUGACCAGAUCUAUCAGACGCCCAGCCCUCAGCACACUGCGCCCGUCCCGGCGCCAGCGCCACCGCCACCGCCACACGCGGACGAGGUGGUUCCGGUCAUUGUGGUGGCGCUGCCGUCGACGGCGCAGCCACCGCUGCAGCAGCUGCAGGCCAACAUGAGUAGUUUUAGUGCCAGCCAUUACCAGCAUCAGCAUCAGCAGUAUCAGAAUCCGAAUCCGAAUCAGAAUCCGAAUCAGAAUCAGCAUCAGCGUAGUCCUAGUAGUAGUCAUAAUGCUCAGCAGGCGCAGGGGUCGCGGGGACGACGCAACUCUGCGCCUGCCACCAUGCCGCAAGUCAUUUGCACUGCCAGCCGCCAGGUGACAGAUGUCUAGACUCUAGGUCUGUAGAGGACAUAGAGUAUACAAGUAUAGAGGAUAUAGUGCCGCCACAAGGCACGCAUACACUUAAUACACUAUACAUACUUAUAUAUAAAUCUCGUACUUACCAGAUAAUACUAUACGUUAUACUAUACCUACAUAUAUGUACUUGUAUAAUUAUAUGAUUACGAUUACUGCUAAGUUCGUCUGCUAGUUUCUACGCAUUGUAUUAUACGAGAUCGAGGACUCGGAGAAGGAGGAACGGAUGAAUCCGUUGACCUAGCGUUUACAGUUACGUUCACGUUCACGUUCACGUUUACGGUUAAGUUUCACUUGUAAAUAUGCGCCGCUCUCAAUGACCAACGCAUCGCAACUUGAAUGCUGAUAAGACUUUAAUUUAGUUUCUACUCAUAAACAUAUUAUAAAUUCUACUAUAUAUACAUACGUGCUAUAUACUGUAUAGCACAGAUAAAAGGCACGCGCGCACAAACCGCGACGAAAGUUCAACUUUGUAACGGGAAUUUCUCUUAGGCCGCGCUCACACCCCGGACAUGGCCGGACAUGGCCGGAAUGGGCCGACGUAGUCGCGUUCGUAAGAGUUCUAAGUUUAAGUUUAGGUUCUACAUUAAGGCGUGCAACAACAACAAUUGUCGAUAUAAAGCAACUACAUACAUACAUACAUACAUAUGUAUUAACCAACUAACUAUAAAGCGUAGCAGUAGUCGCUGUAAUGUUCAAUGCAACAACAAAAACAAAAACACACACACACGCACAAUAUUGUAGCAAAAUCUGAUAAAUCGGCGUCCGUAUUGCUAGUCAACACACACCCACACCCACACACUCACACACACACACACACCCACACAAACGUAUGUGAAGUAUGUGUGCAUGGAGAGAGAGCAUCCAGAAGGCGCCCCUCAGCUCCCCCCACCUACUCAAGUCCAGUACCCAUUCGACUAAAUAGUUUACACAAUGUACAUUAUGCAUAAUACUUGUACUUACAUAAAUACAUACAUACAUAGCUACGUAGACAAACACAUGUACAUGCAUACACAUGUAUUUAGUGACACUUACGUGUAUGCAAUUGUGUCGAAGGUGCCAAAGUAUUUCCUUUUAGUUUGUUCAUUUUGAAUAAAUAUACAAUGUUUUAUUUAUAUUGCUUGAUCAUUUA